AUGUCUUGGUUGCUGUCAGCAGCUAAGCUGGUUCCCGCCGUAGCAACCGCCCGCUGCCUCUCAGGAUUCAUGUCAUGUUCUCAGCGAAGGUACUCCCUCCAGCCCAUCCCAGAGAGGAGAAUUCCAAACCGAUACUUAGGCCAGCCCAGCCCCUUCACACACCCACACCUCCUUAGGCCAGGAGAGGUGACGCCAGGACUAUCUCAAGUGGAAUAUGCACUUCGCAGACACAAACUAAUGUCUCUGAUUCACAAGGAAACACAAGGGCAGAGUGGGACAGACCAGACGGUGGUUCUGCUGUCCAACCCUACAUACUACAUGAGCAAUGAUAUCCCCUAUACUUUCCACCAAGACAACAAUUUCCUGUACCUGUGUGGAUUCCAAGAGCCCGAUAGCAUUCUGGUCCUUCAGAGCCUCCCUGGCAAGCAGUUACCAGCACAUAAGGCCAUGCUUUUUGUACCUCGGAGAGACCCUAGUCGAGAACUUUGGGAUGGCCCACGAUCUGGCACUGAUGGAGCAAUAGCUUUAACAGGAGUGGAUGAAGCCUAUACACUAGAAGAAUUUCAACAUCUAGUACCAAAAUUGAAAGAUGAGACAAAUAUGGUCUGGUAUGACUGGAUGAGGCCCUCUCACGCACAGCUUCACUCUGACUACAUGCAGCAUCUGACUGAGGUCAAAGCCAGGAGCAAGAAUAAGGUCCGGGCUGUCCAGCAGCUGGUACAGCGCCUCCGGCUGAUCAAAUCUCCUGCAGAAAUUGAGCGAAUGCAGAUUGCUGGGAAGCUGACAUCACAGCUUCGUGGGGAAAAUGUAGUGCCAACAAUUUAUUCAUCAGCAUUUGCGUGUGCUUUCAUAGAGACCAUGUUCGCCAGCAAAGCUCCUGUGGAGGAAGGCUUUCUCUAUGCUAAGUUCGAAUUUGAAUGCCGGGCCCGCGGUGCAGAUAUCUUAGCCUACCCGCCUGUGGUCGCUGGAGGUAAUCGGUCCAACACUUUGCACUAUGUGAAGAAUAAUCAGCUCAUCAAGGAUGGGGAAAUGGUGCUGCUGGAUGGAGGUUGUGAGUCUUCUUGCUAUGUGAGUGACAUAACCCGGACCUGGCCUGUCAAUGGCAGAUUCACAGCACCUCAGGCAGAACUCUAUGAAGCUGUUCUAGAGAUUCAGAGAGAUUGUCUGACGCUCUGCUCCCCUGGGACAAGCUUGGAGAACAUCUACAGCUUGAUGCUGACACUGAUAGCCCAGAAGCUUAAGGAGUUGGGGAUUGUGAAGAACAUUAAGGAAAAUAAUGCCUUCAAGACUGCUCGAAAAUACUGCCCUCAUCACGUUGGCCAUUACCUCGGGAUGGAUGUCCACGACACCCCUGACAUGCCCCGUUCCCUCCCUCUACAGCCUGGUAUGGUAAUCACAGUAGAGCCAGGCAUUUAUAUUCCAGAGGAUGACAGAGAUGCCCCAGAGAAGUUUCGUGGUCUUGGUGUACGGAUUGAAGAUGAUGUAGUGGUGACUCAGGACUCACCUCUCAUCCUUUCUGCAGAUUGUCCCAAAGAAAUGAAUGACAUAGAACAGAUAUGCAGCAGGGCCUCUUGA